UUUUAAAAAGAAAAAUAGUAAUUAAUAUCAUUUCUUGAGGACUCCCUCUCUGUUAGGGUUGGACCGAUCAGCUGCCAAGACCGCACUGCGGAAGGAAAGGAUACGCGAGUGUAUCGAGCGGAAGGAAGUUUUAGCCGACGCAGUAUGUAUACAGCAUCUAUAGAACAUCUAUAUAAACCCGUCAUGGGCAAAUACUUCUCUACCCAUCAAACAACCUUCAGAAACAUCCUCCAAGCUUCCCUCCUUGACACUUCGUUUGAAAUCCAAACAAUCCUAAAAUAUGGCUCCCUUUCAGCUCGGUGUUGUCCUCUACGACUUCCAGCUCCUGGACGUCGCCGGUCCGGUCGACAUCCUGAUCGCAGGGUCCAAAACCAUGCUAAGCCACAUUAACCGCGAUGGAUUCGUGCCAGACGACUUGGUAGACCAGGGCAUUGACAUCAACUUCCACUAUAUUGCCCCGACGAUGGACACCGUAUCCCUCAUGAACGGCUUCAAGCUGCAGCCAACCACCACCUUCGACGACUGCCCCAAACUCGAUGCAAUCCUCCUCGGUGGCCCUGGCCCUGAGUUCUGGAACAACAUCCCUGACUCUUACCGCGAAUUCCUGCACCGGAAGGUCGAUGAGGUCCAAUACUUCUUCACCACCUGCACUGGUGGCAUUGUGGCCGCCAAAGCCGGCUUACUCCGCGGUAAACGUGCCACAACCAAUAGCGAAUUCCUUGAUUACAUUAAAAAGGAAUGUACGGACACUACCUGGGAAACGGCUCGCUGGGUGAUCGACGGCAAGUUCUGGACUGCGGGUGGUGCCUUUGCGGGAAUUGAUAUGUUCGAGCACUGGCUUGAGGGGAGGAGGAGUGAUGCUGUGGUUGGGUUGUCUCGGGCGAGUCUUGCGUAUCAGCCCAGGGAUAUCAAUGGUAAAGAGAUUUCGGGGCCAGAGUAUCGUUGGACGAUCUAGAGAAAUGAUAUUGCUUGUGUAUCGUCAAUAGCUAGUUGAUGCGUG